CGAAGUCCAAGCCGGUCGUUGACUCCUCCGCGCGCGCGUUACGUUGCUCUUGUCGAAAACACACGUAAUCGUCGUCGCCGCAGCCGCCGUAAAGUUUUUGCGAAAAAAAAAUUGAAAAAUAUAAAAUAAAAACAACCUGUAUCGGUGUUGGCCGCGUGCGUGUGCACCGCACGACGACGAUCCGCCGCGUGGCCGCGAAACGGAAAACACGCGCGACCGCGCGACCGUAUACGACAGCCGCGCGUAGCGCAGUAGCAAUUGGUCAUCCACCGCGCGCGUAUAUACACGGGACAUGACCGCUAUAGCAGCCGUCGUCCAGCCUGACCGCUCGUAACCGCGGCCGCGCUAUAACCGCCGAACCACACCGACCACGCUCUCUUCAUUGCAAACGCCGCCGAUACAGCAUCCGCAGCAGCUAUCGUCACCCGCGCACCGUCGUCAUCACGUCGAGUCGCAAUCGCCACCACCAUGAUCACCGCAGGCAAAGCCGUUUCUCGUCACCAUCGCUGGUCGUCGUCGUUCAAGUUGCUGCGUAUAAUUUAUGUACUAUCCCUGUAUAAGUAUACGUGGGCUGAACUUUGUGGCGGAAAUGGUGAAUCGCUGAAAUACUUACGGGGCGACGCUCUCAUCGAUAAUUUGGAUUGCAUCGGUCCCAAUGGUAAACCGUAUCCAGAGUCAAUAGUAGCCGGCACGUAUAGACGCACUCACAACUGGGGAUCAUCGAGGACAGGACGCGACGCUUUUCACUCUGAGUCGAAACCCAGUCCCGAAACAGUACGGGAAACACUACUAAAAACCUAUAAAUUUAAUAAUCACAAUGAAGAUUACACGAUCAGUAGAACUGCCCGAGAAUAUGGAUCAACACCAGCUACUAAUCGUGAACUAUGCCAAACACCGAACAGGCUGUGCCGCACCAGAUACAAUACGACUGCGCCCAUGUACGGUGUGUCGCUGACGUCUGGUCAACCCGUGACUAUCGUUCAAAAAUUCCCGGAUCUAUUACAGCAAGUCGUUUAUGAAGUUUGCGAAUCAAACGAGUGCGAUAUGGUUAGAGGAGAGUGUACACAAACGUAUGUACCAUACUUGUUCUUGGUAAUACCUUUGGGGCCGGUGACCCUAACCGGUCAGGACUACGUGCUCGUGGAAAGCGGAUGCGUAUGCAAACCAAAGGGUUCCAGGUCCACCGCACACGAACUGGUGUCCACUAUUCCGGCAAUACCACGUCCGUAGAGUAUGGUUUAUGUGUACACAAAGGAUAACAGCCGUUUAAAAGUCAUCGUAUUGAAGAAAUGUACCUCGCCGUUUAUACUAUAUUUAUAUCAUAAUAUAUUAUAUAUUAUUGUCGUGUACAAUAUAGUCCAUGUUACUAUACAGUAAUAUAGAACCAAUACCAUUUUAGUCAUGAGAAUCGUUCGAAAAGACCAAACGCCUCAUUAACCCCAUGACGUAACACACCCCCUAUACAUAUAUUGUAUUUUUCAUAUAAUAUAAUAUAUCUAUUUACUCGAAUAUAUACUACUAUAUAUGUAUAUAUGUACUACUUACAGUGGCGUCACGAAUUUUUUUUUUUAUUGAUUCAGUUAUGCUCACUUGUUCAUCCCUAAAAACUCAACGCCUAUAUAAAUACAUGACGUAGAUUAUUUAGUAUUAAGUCUAUACACUCACCUAAAAAACUAUAUGCAGGGGUAACUAUAGCCUGUGUAUAACCCCCCCGUCGGAUAAAAAAUUCUCAUGACGCAACUGUAUAUUUUAAUAUUUUAUAUACGUAGGUACGGGAUAUAUUAUAUUAUUAUAGUGAUGAUAUUAAUAACAUGAUUAUUAUUUAUAUAAUAUAAUGCUCAACUUAUGCACUGGCGCCAAAUAUUUUUAAUUUAUUACGCAUAAACUAUAUGUAUUUUAUAAUACUACUGUAUGCAGUUUGCCUUAUUACUGUAAUAGUCAAUAUUUUACUUGAGCAGGUAUAUAUUGUACGGUUUUUUUUUUUAAAUUUAUG